AUGACACUUUCACGCCCAUCCCCGGUCCGUCGCGCCUUGCUCGCUGCGGGCCUUGUGUGCACCCUGGGCCUGGCCCAGGCGCAGACCACCACCCGCAUCCUGGUGGGCUUCCCGCCCGGUGGCGGCACCGACGCGAUCGCGCGCAUCCUGGGCGAACGGCUCAAGGAAGAGUUGGGUCAUGCCGUCAUCGUGGACAACAAACCCGGCGCGGGUGGUCAGAUCGCGGCGCAGGCGCUCAAGGCCUCGGCGGCCGAUGGCAACACCCUGUUUCUGAGCCACGACCACAGCAUCACCAUCCUGCCCAUGGUGAUGAAGGCGCCGGGCUACGAGCCCGCCAAGGACUUCGUGCCGGUGGCCGGUUUUGCCACCUUCGUGAAUGCGUUCGCGGUGUCUGGCGGCACGCCCGCCACCGGCUUCAAGGCCUAUGUGGACGGUGUGAAGGCCGGCGGCGGCAAAGGCACGGUAGGCAUCCCUGCGCCCGCCUCGGUGCCGCAGUUCCUGGUGCAG